AUCGGGAAACCGAGAUUCGCACAGCCGAGCUCGUGAAAAAAAUCUAAGUGUGUAACAAACCUAAUUUAAAUGUUCGGAUUUGAGUUACUUCUCGAAAAUCUUAUACCGCAUUCAGGAAGGAAUUAUUAAUUCAUAAGUGGCAAUCUUACCCCGCCUUCCUUUAUUAGUUAUCACUACUUAACGCGUAGUUAUAGCUUCCAAAAUUAGUCUAUCUGACAUCACAAACUUGAUUUUUGGAAGCUAUAUAGCUCAGCUUCGCGCCAUCGAUCAGAGAGCAAACCUGCUCAUCUCAGUUGAACUAGUCUUUUCAUCUAGUGCAGACCAUAGCUUGUGGUCGCAGCAAGAUGGGUAUCCUCACGUUUUGUGUGCUGGUGUGUUUGGUGGCGAUCAAUCCGAAUUGUGCACAUGCAGCCCGUAUUCUCGGUGUAUUUCCAACGCCGUCCAAGUCACAUUGGUUUCUCGGAUCUGCACUAAUGAAAGAGCUAGCACUCGACGGACAUGAUGUCACUGACGUGAGUCCGUUUCACCUGACGAAUCCUCCUGAAAACUACCAUCAUGUGGAAGUCCAGACGGAUCAUGAAUUUUUCGGUCAUGUAAUGGAGAAAUUCUACAAGGAAGCUGACAACUCUGCAUUCCGCAAGCUCGUAAAGUUGUACAAUAUUGUGAACUUUUUCUCCAACACAACACUGUCAUCACCUGAAGUCAUGAAACUGCUCCGAUCCGACGAGAAGUUCGACUUGAUUAUCUUAGAAAUUUUCCUGGACGAUGCGCUUCUUGGUUUUGCGGACCAUUACAAGUGCCCCGUUGUCGGCAUGACUACGCACGGAACCCUCGAGUGGAUCAACACCCUUGUUGGAAAUCCGCAGCCACUGUCGUACGUGCCGCAUGUGCAUAUUGGGUUCUCCAAUCCAAUGAACUUCUGGAAGCGAAUGACCAACGUACUGUUUAACCUCCUGGAUGACUACCUGAUUGCAAACUACUUGUACCCAGCACAGGAGCAGAUCUUCAGAACAGCUUUCCCAAACGCUACGCAAUCACUGAGCGAACUGAGAAAGAAUUCAGUGUCUUUGGUGCUGGUCAACAAUCACUUCAGUUUGAGCUAUCCAAGACCUUACGUUCCUAACAUGAUAGAAAUCGGCGGUUUUCACGUAAAUCGUAAAAUCACUCCAUUGCCUGAGAACAUCAGCCGAUUCAUCGAAAACUCAACCAACGGAGUUAUCUACUUUUCCAUGGGAUCAAACCUGAAACCAUCCCUGAUGGGAAAGGAUAAAUUACAAGCCAUACUACAAGCAUUCGCCACCGUACGCCAAAGAAUUAUCUGGAAAUACGAUGACGACAGCUUGAAAUUGGACCAGAGCAAAUAUCUGAUGGCCAAGUGGCUCCCGCAGGAUGACAUAUUGGCCCAUCCAAAUGUAAAGCUCUUCAUAACCCACGGAGGACUUCUCAGCUGCACCGAAUCAAUCCAUCACGGGAAACCAAUUGUUGGCAUUCCGAUUUUUGCCGAUCAGCAAAUGAAUAUGGAUCAAGCAGAGGAAGCUGGAUGGGGUGUCACGGUGAAAUUCGAGAAACUUAACAAGGAAUCUCUCAGUAAGGCGUUGAACGAAGUGCUCAAUAACGAUAAGUACACAAGACAGGUGCAAACGAUAUCUAAACGCUUGCGUGACCAGCCGCUGCCACCGAUGGAUAUGGCAAAGUUUUGGAUCAAUUACGUGAUUCGACAUGACGGUGCAAAACAUCUGAAAUCACCAGGACAAAGAUUCAAUUUCAUCCAGUUGCAUAACAUUGACGUUUAUUUGAUUAUAUUAGUUAUAGUGUCCAUUAUGAUUGUGCUACCUCUCAAGAUAGUCAAGAGGGUAUAUAGUAAAACUAGGAAAAGUAAGCUAUUGAAUAAUAACAAAAGUAAAUCAAAACUAUCUUAACAAAAAAAAGUUCUCAGUGACUAGUGACAGGUAAGAAAAUAAUAAAUUACUUCAUUUGAUUCUCAAAUCAAGUUCACAUUUCGAAAACACUCUAUUCUAUUAUAGCACAUUUCGAGCCCAAUUAUUGCUCACAUCUUUGUUUUUGCUUUUUGCAUGGAGUCGGCUUACUAGUAUAAUCAAAGAUGACGUGAUAUAACAUUCUGAAUUAUAUAUGAAACGAAUUACGACAAAUUUGCAUGACAGGUCGAUGAAAUAUAUAUAUAUAUAUAUAUUUUUGCAAUUCAUGAUUCCAAUAUGAUGCAUUGUUUUUCACUAUUUUGAA